UAGCGUAGGAUCGCCCGCUGGUGGUGGUGAUACCGGGUCCCCGGCCUAUGGCGCCGGCGCAGCGCUGCCCUCUGUGCCGCCAGACCUUCUUCUGUGGUCGCGGGCACGUUUACAGCCGCAAGCACCAGCGGCAGCUGAAGGAGGCUUUGGAGAGGCUCCUGCCCCAGGUGGAGGCGGCCCGCAAGGCCAUCCGCGCCGCUCAGGUGGAGCGUUAUGUGCCCGAACACGAGCGAUGCUGCUGGUGCCUGUGCUGCGGCUGUGAGGUGCGGGAACACCUGAGCCAUGGAAACCUGACGGUGCUGUACGGGGGGCUGCUGGAGCAUCUGGCCAGCCCAGAGCACAAGAAGGCAACCAACAAAUUCUGGUGGGAGAACAAAGCUGAGGUCCAGAUGAAAGAGAAGUUUCUGGUCACUCCCCAGGAUUAUGCAAGAUUCAAGAAAUCCAUGGUGAAAGGUCUGGAUUCCUAUGAAGAAAAGGAGGAUGAGGUGAUCAAGGAGAUGGCAGCUCAGAUCCGUGAGGUGGAGCAGAGCCGACAGGAGGUGGUUCGGUCUGUCUUAGAGCCUCAGGCAGUGCCAGACCCACAAGAGGGCUCUUCAGCACCUAGAAGCUGGAAAGGGAUGAACAGCCAAGUAACUUCCAGCUCACAGCAGCCCUCAAACUUGGACCUGCCACCAGCUCCAGAGCUUGACUGGAUGGAGACAGGACCAUCUCUGACAUUCAUUGGCCAUCAGGAUAUACCAGGAGUUGGUAACAUCCACUCAGGUGCCACACCUCCCUGGAUGAUCCAAGAUGAAGAAUACAUUGCUGGGAACCAAGAAAUAGGACCAUCCUAUGAAGAAUUUCUUAAAGAAAAGGAAAAACAGAAGUUGAAAAAACUCCCCCCAGACCGAGUUGGGGCCAACUUUGAUCACAGCUCCAGGACCAGUGCAGGCUGGCUGCCCUCUUUUGGCCGCGUCUGGAAUAAUGGACGCCGCUGGCAGUCCAGACAUCAAUUCAAAACUGAAGCUGCAGCAAUGAAGCAGUCACAUACAGAAAAAAGCUAAUCAUGCUCUGCCAACUACCAUGAGGCUAAAAGCAAAGUCAACAAACCCCUACUAUUAUACCUUCCACCAAAUUCUUCAUCAUUGUCUUUCUUAGGAACAGACAUACUCGGCUGGGCGCGGUGGCUCACGCUUGUAAUCCCAGCACUUUGGGAGGCCGAGGCGGGCGGAUCACGA